CCCCGGUUCCCCGCGCAGGUGGAGGAGAGCGUCCUGACGCUGGGCAAGUUCCACAAUGUGGUGAAGCUCGUGGCGUUCUCGCCCUUCCGCUCGGCGCAGAGCGCGCUGGAGAACAUGAACGCCGUGUCCGAGGGAGUCCUGCACGAGGACCUGCGGCUGCUGCUGGACACGGCGCUGCCCCCCAAGAGGAAGAAGGUGGUGCUGGGGGUGGGCGAUGCCAAGAUGGGCGCGGCCGUGCUGGAGGAGCUGGGGGUGCAGUGCCAGACCGGGGGCGUCGUGGCUGAGCUGCUGCGUGGGAUCCGGCUGCACUUCUCGGCGCUGGUCCGAGGCCUCACGGCGCAGUCGGCGGCCAAGGCCCAGCUGGGGCUCGGCCACAGCUACUCCCGGGCCAAGGUGAAAUUCAACGUGCACCGGGUGGACAACAUGAUCAUCCAGUCCAUCAGCCUGCUGGACCAGCUGGACAAGGAUAUCAACACCUUCUCCAUGCGUGUCCGGGAGUGGUACGGGUACCACUUCCCCGAGCUGAUCAAGAUCGUCCCCGAGAACUCCAUGUACUGCCGGGUGGCCAAAUUCAUCGGGAACCGCCGCGAGCUGAGCGAGGAGAGCCUGGAGGGGCUGGAGGAGAUCGUCAUGGACAGCGCCAAGGCCCAGGCCAUCCUGGAGGCCUCCCGCUCCUCCAUGGGGAUGGACAUCUCCCCCCUGGACCUCAUCAACAUCGAGAGCUUUUCCCGCCGCGUCAUCUCGCUGUCCGACUACCGCAAGGGGCUGCAGGAGUACCUGCGCUCCAAGAUGAGCCAGGUGGCCCCCAGCCUGUCAGCCCUCAUCGGGGAGGUGGUGGGUGCCCGCCUCAUCUCGCACGCUGGCAGCCUGACCAACCUGGCCAAGUACCCGGCGUCGACGGUGCAGAUCCUGGGCGCCGAGAAGGCGCUGUUCAGGGCGCUGAAGACGCGGGGGAACACCCCCAAGUACGGCCUCAUCUUCCACUCCACCUUCAUCGGGCGCGCGGCCGCCAAGAACAAGGGGCGCAUCUCGCGCUACCUGGCCAACAAGUGCACCAUCGCCUCCCGCAUCGACUGCUUCUCAGAGGUCCCCACCAGUGUCUUUGGGGACAAGCUGCGGGAGCAGGUGGAGGAGCGCCUGGCCUUCUACGAGACCGGGGAGCCACCCCGCAAGAACCUGGAGGUGAUGAAGGAGGCCGUGGUGGAGGCCAACGAGGUGGUGGCUGAGGUGAAGAGGAGGCAGGAGAAGAAGGAGAAGAAGAGGAAGAAGAGGGAGAAGCGGCGGCUGGAGGCGCUGGCAGCAGCUGCUGAGGAGCAGACAGAAAACUCCGUGAUGGAGACAGAGGAGAACGACGUGGGGGCCAAGAAGAAGAAGAAAAAGAAGAAGCAGCAGCCAGAGGAGUCAGAAGCAGAGGCAGAGCCUGAGGAGAACGGGGUGGAGGAAGAGGAGGAGGAGCCAUUGCCCAAGAAGAAAAGGAAAGUCAUGGUGGAGCCCGAGCAGGAGGAGGAGGAGGAGGAAAAGAAGAAGAAAAAGAAGAAGAAGAAGAAGGCGGCGGCUCAGGACUCGGAGGAGGAUUAGGCAGCAGAGAUCAGUCAGCACAUGGACUGACAGACUGACGGACAGACAGGAACUGGGAGUGGCCACUUGCCCGUCCCCAGCUGUGUCCUGUGGCACAGUGGCCACCUGCACUGGGGCACAGCCCCUCGUGGCCUGGGCGAGUCCCUGUGGCCACCAGCAGCCCCUGGACUGUGCCUUACACAGAGGAACUUCCGACCCCGUCCCCUUCCCUGGGGACCUUGGGCUGCAUGGGGCUGUCCCCAGCUGUCCCCUCCCUUCCCUGGGGACUCUGGGCUGUCCCCGGCUGUCCCCUCCCUGUGCAGGGCAGGGGACAGGCCCCCCUCGCGGUGCCCAAACCCCAAUAAAGGGCUGAGGUUGUCGCUGA